UUCUUUACCAAGUAAAUGAAGUAUUACUUGCUUGAAGGUGGGAAGCAACAACACACACACAUGAACAACAAUAUCAAACAAUCAACACCUGCAACAACUACCAACAACCAAUGACUGAACAACAAUGAAGAUGAACACCAAAUACCUAAAACUCUUCAUCUUCCUCUUCCUCCUCAACUCCAUCACCCUCAUCCUCUACUUCUCCUCCCACCCCCACCUCUUCCACCACCGUCCCACCACCCCCACCACCACCACCCACCACCAAUCCACCAUCUCCGACCACACCCACCUCCCAUCUCCCCCCAAUUCCAACAAACCCUGGCCAAUCUUACCUUCCUACCUCCCAUGGUCCUUAAACCCCAACACCCACUUCAGAUCAUGCGAAUCCUACUUUGGCAACGGCUUCACUCGCCGCAUCGAUCUUCUAAAACCGGUUCAAACCGGUGGGUGGUUCAGGUGUUUUUAUAGUGAGACGCUGAGGAGUUCGGUGUGUGAGGGUGGGGGGUUAAGGAUGCAUCCGGAGAAGGUUAAGAUGUCAAUGGGUGGUGAGGUUUUGGAGAGUGUGAUUGGUAGAUCGGAGGAUGAGGAGUUGCCGGAGUUUGAAGAUGGGGCCUUUGAUUUAGUGGGUCAGAAGAGGGGCGUUGAGAGGGUUGCUAGUGAGGGGUUUUUGAAUGAGUUUGUUCCGAGAGGGGCGGUUGAGAGGCACACGAUGAGGGAUUUGAUCGGUUCGAUGCGGUUCGUUGGGGCGGAUGAGUUCCAUUGCUCUGAGUGGGUUGAGGAGCCAACGCUUUUGAUCACCCGUUUCGAGUAUGCAAACCUUUUUCACACUAUAACAGACUGGUACAGUGCCUACGUGUCUUCAAGAGUUACCGGCUUGCCAAACAGACCUCAAAUAGUUUUUGUAGAUGGUCACUGCAUGACACAAUUGGAAGAAACAUGGAAAGCCGUAUUCUCGGGUUUGCGAUACGCUAAAAACUUCAGCGGGCCCGUUUGCUUUCGUCACGCUAUCCUUUCACCUUUGGGCUACGAAACCGCUAUGUUCCGUGGUCUAUCCGAAACCGUCGAUUGUGACGGGGCUUCGGCCCAUGAUUUAUGGCAGAAGCCCGAUGACAAAAAAACAGCCCGAAUCUCGGAAUUCGGGGAGAUGAUACGGGCCGCGUUUUCACUUCCGUUACACCAACAACACCACAGCUCAAAAUCCGGUUCACGAAAUCACAACGUCUUGUUCGUCAGGCGCGAAGAUUAUCUCGCACAUCCCCGCCAUGCUGGCAAGGUGCAAUCGAGACUCAGUAACGAACAAGAAGUAUUCGACGCGUUAAAAAGCUGGUCAACGGGUCAUACCGAAUGUAAAAUUAAUUUAAUCAACGGGCUUUUUGCGCAUAUGUCGAUGAAAGAACAGGUGAGAGCGAUUCAAGACGCAUCGGUUAUCGUGGGUGCGCAUGGGGCGGGACUUACUCACAUAGUGUCGGCAACACCGGACACAGAAAUACUAGAAAUCGUUUCUAGCGAGUAUCGAAGGCCUCAUUUUGAACUAAUUUCGAAAUGGAAAGGACUAAAUUACCACCCGAUAUAUUUAGGUGGGUCCCACGCUAGUCCCUCGGUAGUUAUUGCCAAGCUCAGGGACAUUUUGAAGAACAUAGGAUGCUGAUAGCGUCACGAGGUUAAAAUAUGUAAACUGAUACGCGGUUAGAUAAUUUUUGUUGAUAUGAUUCGGGUUUGUUGAGGGUUAUGGGUUGAAAGAUGAAGCAGUUGACUGUAGAUGAAUGGGUCGGGUCAAAGCGUGCUGCUGCUUCAGCUGCUGUUAUCGGGACAUUUAUAUAUAUACACGGCUACCACUGAUUGACAACAUUGAACAUAAUUACUGUAAUAUUUGGGAGAUUGUAAACAUGUGCAGACUGUUGAGUUUUGAUUCUGACAUUUUGCUGUUUUGUUAUGAAGUUGUGUUCAUUUGAGGUUA